GAAAGAUUCAUCAACAUUUAUUGAAUGCAAACCUUUGUGUUUGUAUUAAAUUGAGACCGCGGUUUCCAAUACUAGUCUACUUGUGUCGGAUUUACGGACAUGCUUGCCUUUCACAAUAUGGCGGAUGCUUUUGCGUGUCCGGUGCGGAGUAAAAAUCGGGUACGUUGGUUCCUACUAAAAAAGAUCCUGGAAAGGAGCUUUCGUAACAGUGCCAUCUUGUGGUAGAUAUCAUUCCCAGGCGAGAGGUAGUGUUUGUAUUUCGGAACAGAGUAAAAUGUCAAUUAUGUUUGUAAUGUAACACUUAGUAUCUCGUAGAACCGCACGUUAAACGUUAGGUUUGUCAAAGCAGGAUGUCAAAAACGUUAGUUUAUUUUCCGCGUCAACGUGGCGUCGCACGUCUAAAGUUUGGCGAAACUCCCUUCGACAUUCUCAGUGAUUUCCUCAAUAAUUUAAACAACAUUAAUAAGGAUUAUCUGGAUAGCUUACCGGAAUGGAGCGGAACCUUUAAACAGAAAAAAGUCGUUGAAUUCAUCUUCUUGAUCACUCAAGAACUGAAACUUGAUCCAUCAGUAGGAUACCAUGCCAUUGAACUUCUGCAGAGGUUUAUGGUAAAGCAUGUCGCAGAUAUGCUUGCCAAUAUCCCAAUUCAAAGUGUAGCUAUUAACAAGGCAAAGAGUUAUGGGGAUCUGAUUUUUGACAAUCUCAAAGAUAAAUUCCCUCUGAUCCUCUUCUCUUGUGUGCAACUUGCAAGCAAACUGUUUUUGCAUUGUCAUAUGAUAGACGCCUCCACUGCUGUACAGUUCCUGCAUUCUCUCGGCCUCAGUGUUUCCAAACAGACCCUCUUGGAUUCAGAGCUGAUGGUCUUUAAAGGCGUUGAAUACAGACUCAAUGUCCUUAACUCUCUGACGUACAUGGAAGUCAUUCUGGAGGUCCUUGGGCACAAUGAGCCGUCCAUGCCUGUAGAGCACCUUUAUCACAUCUGCCAUAAUGUCCUCCAGUACGUCACCCUGAACCAGACUACAAUCUAUGAGUCUCUGCUAAGAAGUGUCUCUCAGUGUGUCAGCCCGUCCAGGGAACAGAGGGAAAAUUUUGUGACAGUGACUGAGGAUCGCAUGCUUCUUGGAGUUUGUGUCAUUGCAGUGGCAACAUACAUCCUCUGUUUCAAAAAAUGGAAUCAGGUGGUUGGUGAGCUGAGCCACAUCACAGGAAUCAGCAGAAGAAACAUCGCCGAUUUUGCUCAAGUGAUAAUAGUGCACAUUCUUGAUACCAGUUCUUCAGCGGCGUAGACUAGGAAACUCACAGUAGUGACGCUGUUAGAAGUUCAACUUAUGUAGAUGGAAAAUGUCCAGCAUGCAAUUUAGGGGAACAAUUUCUCCAUCCCCGAAAACGAAUUACAAUUGUGUUCUAGGAAUUUUAAUGUGUUUCGGGAAAUGCCACUUUCAAUUUCUGUAAAUGUUAUAUUUAUUUUGCUGAUCAGAAAAAAAAAAUGAAAAAGAUUUGUAAAUUAUUUUUGGUCUCACUUUGUUGACAUAUUUCAUAAUAAAUCUCAUCCUGUUUCAUCUC